AUGGUAUACACUUCGUUGACUGAGGCUCCUCACAACCUCAAGGAGGCCAUUGACUGGUUGAUGGCCCUUAAGGGAACUGAUGCUGCCAAAAACAUGGCGGCCAUAGGCGAUGCAAUUCACAAGUUUCUCGUAGACAAGCCUGUUGGAUUCACGGAGGUACCAGCUCUCGGAGAAGUUAAACUUAUUUCCAAAGAGUUCAUGGAGAAACCAGCGCUCAGGGUGCAGCCAUUUGUGAAAUUACUACUGGAGAGAUUCAGUAAGCCUCUGGACAAAAGUCCCGGCGUGAUCGCUAAGGCCUUUGGCCUUGUGCCCAAAAGCGACUACGAGAACGUCGUACAGACCAGAGGAACGAAGCCGGAAGCUAUCGCAAAGAACUUAGGCAAAGUUGUGGAUGGUUGUGAGAAGUUCCUGGAAAAGAUGAAAAUCUCUGACCAUUAUAAUUCUGCUUACAGUUCAGGAGCGACGUGGGAUGCGUCAUGCGCGAAAGACCCAGAAGCUUGCGCAGUGGUCCUUGUGGGAAUUGCGCCUAUGUUAUACACCGGCUUAGGUGCUUUGCGGGAUGCGUGCAAUGAGGAAGCCUUGAAAUACAUGCAAUUUAAUCACCGGAGGAGUACUUUGGGAGAGGUAUUGGAAGCCGUGGGUUACAAAGAGCCGGAUUGCCGCGCUGGCAUGAGUACAUCAGGUGUCACCCGGGCUUUGAGAGGUGUGAAUAGAGAAAUAUUGAACAUAAUCUACGACCUCGCUGGAUUCUGGGCUUUCUAUGGAAAGAAUAAAUCGGGAGCUGUAAGAGCUGUAGAACCAGUAAAACCUACUCAAGAGGAACAAUCCGUAAAACCUGUGGAACCCGUGGAGCACCCCGCAGAACCUGUGGAAGCAGAACAACCUGCAGAAGCUAUAGAACCCGUGGAACCUGUUCAAGAGGGACAAUCUGCAGGAGUUGAAGAACCUGUGAAAGCUGAAGAACCUGUAAAAGUGGUCAAAGCUGCGAAAUCUGUAAAGGCUGCUAAAAAGGCUGCGAAAAAGGUUGCAAAAAAAGCCCGACAAAAGAAGAAUAGGACCCAGAAUUCCCAGUGA